CGGUUAGCAAUUAUUUAGUAGUACAAACCCCACGGCAAACAAAAAAAAUUUCAGCAUUAUCGUGGACUCCGAAACCCCCAUCCGAAGGUACGGUCGCUCAAGUAGGAGUUAGAUUUUCAGGUCGCUUCUCAUAAAUAGCUGGGUAAACGAAAAUCCCGUGCCUUUCUUCGACGUGUUUCUACCGCAGCGACGCAAUCGCCAUCAUGGCUUCCGUCGCAUCGGCCUCUCCAUCAUCCAGUUUUCAUCACGUAGAAUCUGGCGAUGACUCGGACUCGUGGCAGUAUGUAGAGUCCAACCCGGCCUCCGUUGGUUUCAUGCCUAGCCCGGCCAGCUCCAGUAUGAAUAGCUGGGGGAUAGUCGGUUAUCCUAACCAGGUCCAAACCUCUCCUGUUGCUAUGUCUCCUUUGCAGUUGGACCACGAUCAGGCUCGUACAUCAGCGCCUCCUACUUCGUACCCGGACCACGGAACUGAAGCUUCCAUGAUGGCUUCCGCGGGUGUCGAUAGCCAAUUGAUGCCAUCCUUUGAUGACCAACAGUACAUGGCUGGACAGGAGUUACUAUUCAACGAACCACUUACUGAUAUGGAUAUGACACAAUAUUAUUCUACAUUCCAGGGCAACAUGCCCGAUAUACCGGGAUUGGGUGGGUUCGAGAUAGCACCCCAACCCGUCGACCUUGGCAUCCCGCAACAGUUCCGAAACGAUAGCGAUGUCCCGCCAUGGGCGCCGAUGAACUUGAAGAAUGAAGACUUCUCUCCCGUCGUCGCGGACGAAGCCAAUAGCUUUGCAUCGCAGUCCCCACAGCGAUCUCCGUCGCAUAGCUCUCUCCACUCGAGCCCUAGAUCCCCUUACGUCAAGUCGGAACCCAGCAAGAAUGCUAGUCCCAUACGUAAGGUUAGGAGUGGUGGCUAUAAGGUUGAGAAGAAGAAGUCGGAGUCGUCAAGCAAGUUCGUUAUUAUGACCCCGAAUUUGAUUAACCAGCAGUCGGGAAAACCAAACCCAUUCGAAUGUUUCGAGGCUAUGCGAACUACCCAGAGGGGACGCAAAGGACCGUUGGCGCAUGAUACCAAGGAGAGCGCUCUACAGGUCAGAAGAUUAGGUGCAUGCUUCUGCUGCCACAGCCGUAAGGUCAAGUGCGACAAAGAGCGACCAUGCAAGAACUGUAAGAAGCUCACGGCGCAAGUCCCCCAAAUCAUGUGCUGGCAGUUCGGAGACUUCCUUCCGGUACUAUUCCCCGACUUCAUCCGGGGUCACUUUAAGAAGGACCAGAUCGCAAGCUUCAUCAGCGAGCAUGUGGAGACAUUCCGGCCCAACAACGGGGCUGAGCUCGCAUGCUCCGUUGAACUCUUCUCCGGCGCUCGCUUCGGCUCGACCCUAACCCUGCCCGCUAGUUUCUUCACUCCUAGGUCGCCUGAGAUCCUUCAACAUUGGCACAUGAACAUGGGUAACAACCAGAUGGACCUUCAGUCCAGGGGUGCAGUGCCUAUCGGCAUCGACCCAGAUAACGCUACCCAGAGAGAGGAGCUUAAGAAGAGGGCCCGCGAGUACAUCCAGAACCUCACGUCGGAGCCUAUGUAUGCCGAGCAAGUCACCGACGCUAUUCGCACGACCCAGCUGCCGCGAAAAGUCUUGACUAUCGUUCAGCGCUAUGCGCAGCGCUCCGAGUCCUCACAAUCAUCCAUGGUCAAGCGCGCACUAUCCAUCUACGUAAACCACUACGUCCUAACCCGCCAACUCUGCCUAACCAACGCCACAAUCCUCAACCUACGCGACACCAACCUAGUCCCCCAAAACAACCCCUGGGUAACCACACGCGUGCUAAACCGACAAGUGAAAGCCGUCCUCGACGAAAUGCUCCUCCGCGAAAUGCAACUCCUCUUCGACGGCUUCUCCAAAUCCCUCAAACCCAAGCUCCGCCGGGAAUGGGCGCCCUGCCUCGCCGCCUUUCUAGUUCUCUGCUUAUUCAUGGAGACUGUGGAAACAGCCGCAGACACGUUCGUAAUCUCGCAGAACGAGAUUUCGAUUCGCAAUCGCUCGAAGCCGGAGUAUAGACGGGACUUUGCGCUUGCGCUGUGCCGCGAUAUUGAUAAUAUGCCGUUUAAACAGUUUGCGUACCAGUUCCACCAGAUCUACCAGACGCAUACGCGGGAUACCGGCGCGAAGGCGUUUAACCCCCUCGCGGAUGGGAAUUUGGCGCAGAUGGCGGAGCUGGAUGACCCGGCUGCGGAGAUGGUGGCUGAGUUGAAGGAGUUGUUGCAGGGUGAUAGCUGGCAUGAACUAGACUUCCUCGUCGCAGACCCCAUUCUACCUAACCAGGAGGGUCACCCAUUCCCCCGCGACGUGUCGCUGAACUACACAGGCCGCCUCGUAGCGAGGUUCCUGCUAUCCUUUACGGAUGAGAGGUAUCUAUUUGACGGGCAAUACUAAGCCCAUUUCUUACCAAUUUAUUUUCUAUUUACUCAUUUGAGUAAUUAUCUAUAUGUAUAUAUAUA